UUCUGAGAAUAAAACGUUUAUCGAGUUCUAGUUAGUACAUUUAACUUAAAACUGCGUCAUGCGCUGGGAAACUCUGCCAUGCUUUUUGUUGCUAAUUUUAAGCUGCGAAAUUUCGGGUUUUAAAGUGCCCGGCGUUGAUCUCGAAAUGCUAGAUGACCAAGGAUUCAAGGUGUCCAUACCAGAUGAACCUGGCAUUCAGCGAGUGUUUUACAUGCUCCAAAUAGACGACGCGUGUCCUGCUUUUAUGGACUACAUAACGGAGGCGGUAAACGGAAGCUGGACCUCCACGCAAAAGUCGCGUCUCCAGAACAACGACAAGCUUCAGAUAUCCAUGCUGGUGCAGUACAAUGAAGAGAUCUUCGAGAAGAGCGAAACCAGGGUGAUAAUCAACACCCGCUUGCUGACCACCAAGGACUCCAGUUCGAGGACCAUCAGUUUUCCCUCGGGAGAGGGGGAGUGUCAGGCAAUCCUCGCUCCGAAACAGGAAACCAAACGAUGCAAGCCCGCCCAAACGAUCCUGAGCAAUGGUCGCCGCACCUGCCAGGGUGAACUCAUCUUCGAGGACAACUUUUCGGACGCCCAACUGAACACGACGACCUGGAAGCACGAUAUCCGGCAGCGCUUGUACCAGGAGGAGGAGGAGCUUGUGGCCUUCGAUAAUGCUCCUAACAACUCAUUUGUAAAGGAAGGCGAGCUCCACAUCGUUCCCAUUGUAGCCAGGGAGGUUGAAGAAGGAGGUUUCAAGCUGGGAGAUCGCUGCACCGCCGUGGAAAACACGGAUCAGGAGUGCAAUAUUGCCCACAGCUACCAUAGCAUCAAGCCUCCAGUUUUCUCCGCCCAAAUUCACACCCGAAACUCUUUUAGUUUCAAAUUCGGAAAAAUCGUGGUGAGAGCCAAGUUGCCCAAGGGCGAUUGGCUGUUUCCCUAUCUGAUGCUCCAACCCAUGUCCACUUAUGCGGAGUCGCACUAUGCCAACCAACUGCGUAUUGCUUUUGCCCGGGGUAACACGGCUUUGCGCACCAAAAAAGGAGAUGAUAUCUCGGGAAAUCAUCUGUAUGGAGGAAGUGUUAUUUGGCAUAAUAGAAGGGCCGUUCAAUUCCUCAAGGAUCGAAUAAGCAAGACGCACUACGGCGAUGAUUUCCACAACUAUACAAUGGUCUGGCAGCAGGAUAAGAUUACGCUAAUGGUUGAUGAGGAGGUUUACGGAGAGCUAUACGAUGGAUUGACGUUUUUCGACGAGAAGUGCUUUAUAAUUUUUGGCGUGACAGUGGGAGGCUUUAUUAAUUUCGAUGAUGCGCUGUUGGCCAACGAUGUGAAGCCCUACACAAACAAAAACCCGCGGGCGGCCCGCUCUUUUUGGGAUAACCGCCAUAAUUGGCAACCGACUUGGGGCAGGCACAGCGCCAUGAUCGUAGACUACGUUAAAGUUUAUGCGGAGUAGGGUUCAAAUCUGUCACAAGAAAUGAUUUCAACUGUAAAGCCUUUUAAAAUAAAUAAAACAUUUUGUUUCGCUGUUUAUAA